AUGAGAUACCCCAGCAGUACCUCCACAAGAGGCCUAGUCCAGCUUCGGCUGAGCAGCAGAAGCCUCAACCUACGUCCCGGACAACCCCGGCGCACCUUGUUCACGUCCAACAGGGCCAAUGCCGCCAAACAAGUACGUAGCCCAGUGUCUACGAUCCCUCUGGCGGUACUCUCGGCUGGCGGCUUGUUGCUGUGGUCGCUCCAUCACCCGAACCAAGAUCUGUACCGUCUCUCGGGCGUCCCAUUGAAGCAGCCGAGGCCGGAACAGGGAGAUGCUGAUGAUGGCCAACCCAAGCGUGACGCGAAGGAUGACGGCGACCGAGACGAGAGCCAUGGCGAUGGGAGCAGAGACGACGGCCCUUUCCCAGCUUGGGCCAACUUCGCGCGCACCUUCGAAACGGCUUCCCUGACGACAGCCCUGGAAUGGUCGACCCUGUCUGACAAGCUGGCCGGCUACAUCCUACCCGACUGGGCUAAGCUGAUGCCCGGCUACAUCGGCAAGCUGCAACGGGAGCUCUCCAUGUCUCCCGGGUCUCUGGCCGACGAGAUCUGGCACGAGGCCCACGACCCGCUUGUAAACCCGGAGAUCCGGUACUCUGCGUCGGUGCGCGUGUCCGACGAGCUGUGCGACGACGAGAAGGAAUACCUCUCGCGGCGCAAGCGCGUCAUCCGCGUCGCCCUGGCCAGAUACCUGGAUCUGCGGGAGGACGACAUCCACCCGGACGAUGUGCCCACAAUCGCCAUGUGCGGGUCCGGCGGCGGGCUGCGCGCCCUCAUUGCCGGUGCCGGGUCCAUCCUUGCCACCGAGGAGGACGGCCUGUUCGACUGCGUCACCUACACGGCCGGCGUGAGCGGCUCCUGCUGGCUGCAGGCCUUCAACCUGUCGUCCUUGGCCAAGGGCCGCGUCGCGACCCUGGUCGAACACCUCAAGUCGCGCGCCUCGACGCACAUUGCCUACCCCCCCGUGGCGCUGCAGUCGCUGGUCUCCCUGCCCACGAGCAAGUACCUCCUCAGCGGCAUCGUGGAGAAGCUCAGGGGUGAUCCCAACGCCGACUUUGGGCUCGUCGACGUCUACGGUCUGCUGCUGGCGGCGCGGUACCUGGUGCCCAAGGGUGACCUGGGCGUGAACGAGCGUGACUUCAAGUUCUCCAACCAGCGCGACUACAUCAAGUACGGCCAGAGCCCCAUGCCCAUCUACACGGCGGUACGGCACGAGAUCCCCGGGCUCAACCCGGACGGCACCGCCGAUAUGACGGCGGAGCAGGCCAAGGAGCAGGCCAAGAACGAAUCGUGGUUCCAGUGGUUCGAGCUGACACCCUACGAGUUCUUCUGCGAGGAGUUCGGCGCGGGCAUCCCGACGUGGGCUCUGGGCCGCAAGUUCCAGGACGGUGAGGACGUCCCCCCUCCCCCGGAGAACAAGGGCUUCCACAUGCCCGAGAUCCGCGUGCCUCUGCUCCUGGGCGUCUUCGGCAGCGCCUUCUGCGCCACGCUGAACCACUACUACCGCGAGAUCCGCCCCGUCGUCAGCAACAUGACCGGUUUCGGCACCGUCGACGAGAUGAUCACCGGCAAGAGCAGCGAUCUAAGCAAGGUGCAUCCCAUCGACCCGGCGCGCAUCCCCAACUUUGCCUACCGCAUGCACGGCAAGCUUCCCAAGACCACGCCCGCGUCCGUCUACGACCAGGAGUACAUACAGCUCAUGGACGCCGGCAUGUCCAACAACCUCCCCGUAUACCCCCUUCUCCGCCCCGGCCGCAACGUGGACGUCAUGAUCACGUUUGACAACUCGGCCGACGUCAGGACGGACAAUUGGCUGUCCGUGGUGGACGGAUACGCACGCCAGCGCGGCAUAAAGGGCUGGCCUCUGGGCAUCGGAUGGCCCAAGCCUGACGAGUCGGCCACCCAGACGCAGACUGACCUCGCCGAGGCCCAAGGCCAGGUCCACACGGCCCAGGAGGCAGACUGGAAGAUCCGCGAGGCCAAGAGCCAAGCCGCCGCCGCCGGCACUGCGAGCCAGGAUCUGGGCUACUGCACUAUCUGGGUCGGAAAGACCGAGGAGCGCACGUCGGAACCGCCACCUCCUCCCAAGGCCAUCGGACCGCCGGACGCGUGGCGGCUCAUGGAAGCCGACGCCGGCAUAGCAGUGGUCUACCUGCCCCUGCUGCCCAACGACAAGGUGCCCAACGUGUCGCCGGGCGAGACGGACUUCCUCAGCACCUGGAACUUUGUCUACACGCCCGAGCAGAUUGACAAGGUCGUCCAGCUGGCCAGGGCCAACUACGACGAGGGCAAGGACCAGAUCCGCGAGACGGUCAGGGCUGUGUACGAGCGCAAAAAGGCCACGAGGCUGGAAGCCGAGAAGCAGGACCGGAUGAAGCGACUAGCUAGACGGGGGGAGAAGGCCCUCGCCGGAGAGGGAGAUCAGUUCAGUUAG